AUGACUGUGAAAUCACUCAAGACUUUUAAAAAUUUGAUCGAGAAGUUGGGCUAUCGCAAUUCAAUGAAUGUCGAAGAUGUCCUAAAUUAUCCGGAAGAAAAUGAAGUUACAUUGUUGUUGAGUGAUGAAGGAAUAAUCAAGAGCGUUAUGGGAACUGAUAAAGAUGUGAAAGAAGAUGAUGAAAGUUCUACAAUAGAGUCCUCUUUACGAAACGAGGAUAUUAGAGCAGCAAUCACAUUGAAUAACCUCUUGUUGAGCUAUGAGCAAACAAUGCCAAAAACUCUUACAAUGACAAGAAAAAUUAGAGAUGAAAUUCAAUGCGAUAUUGAUUUUAGCAAAAAGACAGAAGACAAUUAA